UAGCUAGAUUAGAAAUUGAAAAUGCAUUGUUGAUACGAGACGUGUCAAAUCAAAUCUAGUGCUGUUGCGGCGAUAAAAUUAAAAACACCACGUAUUUGCCCACGCUAGCACUAUUUCCUGCAAUCCAUUAUCCGAUAACGAUAAAAAACAAACGUAAAAAUCCCUCAGUCGUAAAUAAUCGCUUGUGGCCAUUAAACGCAUAUGCGGGUCUAACAAAGGUUUUUUUUAAAUAAAAAACUAUGCGUGUGGUAUAAAAGUGUGUGUGGGGCGUGAAUGUGGGUGAUUUGUGACUUAGUAAGGAAAUUUCGCCGAAAGUUCAGGCUUAAAAUGAGUGGAGUGAAUAGAGAAGCACCGAUAGGCAUCCAGUGCUUGCAACGGCUAUCUGGUUGGUGUUGUCCGCGCUUGCAGAUCAACAGGCUACGAUGCUACCAAAUCUUCAUCCUCGUACUGACAUACUUCACCUACAUGACUUACCACCUGACACGCAAGCCCAUCUCCGUGGUGAAGAGUGUGCUGCAUCAGAACUGCUCGGGACAGGUUCCACCACCAGAUGUGGACCCUAACGACGAGAACUGGUGCAAUUGGGCACCUUUUAAUACGACGGACGCUAACACGCUGCUGGGCGCGCUGGAUUCCGCGUUCCUAUUCACGUAUGCUGGCGCCAUGUUCGUUUCCGGAAUGGUAGCAGAGCGAGUGGACCUCCGUUACUUCCUCUCUUUAGGAAUGCUGUUUUCCUCUAUAUUUUGCUACUUGUUCGGAGUUGGUAAAACAUACGGAAUACACAAUAUAUCGUACUACUUACUUGUGCAGGCAGGAGCGGGUAUAUCGCAGACUACAGGGUGGCCGGGCACGGUGGCCAUAGUCGGGAAAUGGUUCGGCAACAGCAAGAAAGGGCUCAUAUUUGGCAUUUGGAACUCGCACACUUCACUUGGGAACAUAUUCGGAACGCUCAUAGCAGACCGUUUCGUGGAGCAAGACUGGGCGUUAUCCUUCAUCUACCCCGCCCUCGUCAUGGGUACAGUUGGGACUCUGGUCUUCCUAUUCCUGGUUCCGGAACCCAGGAUGGUGGGCAUCGUACUAACAGAACGAGGACCGUCAAGUCGACAGUCCCGAAGAUCUUCAGAAGAAGAUGACGCGCCUUCACAAGUCAUCGUCGGUGAUCAGGCGGCGAGCCUGCGCCCUAACCGGCACUCCGCCAACAGUCAGCCACAACCGGAGCCGACGGAGUCGACAUCGCUGCUCGGUUCCUCUCGCACCAGCCACACGCCGCCUGGUGCCGUUUCGCUCUCGCGCGCACUUCGCAUCCCCGGCGUGGUGGAAUUCUCGCUGUCUCUUUUCUUCGCGAAGCUCGUCAGUUACACCUUCCUGUAUUGGUUGCCGCUCUACAUUAAUACGUCCACGAACCUGUCACCAACGCAGUCCGGCGACCUGAGCACGGCGUUCGACGUGGGAGGGAUCACGGGCGCCAUCCUGGCCGGGCUGGUGGCCGACUGUACCGGCUGUCCGGGCAUCGUGUGUGCAUGCUUUUAUGUCUUAUGCGCACCUACGCUAAUGGCAUAUCAAGCAUGGGGCGCCUCCUCAUACAUCCUCAACGUGAGCUUACUCCUAGCAGCAGGGGUCCUUGUGAACGGACCCUACGCGCUCAUCACCACAGCUGUAUCUGCGGAGCUGGGUACGCACAGUAGCCUGGCGGGCAACGCGCAGGCGCUCGCCACCGUGGCGGCCAUUAUCGACGGCACCGGCAGUGUGGGCGCUGCACUGGGUCCACUAUUAGCCGGCGUGGUGUCGUCGGGCGGCGCGGCCGCGUGGCCGAGAGUCUUCUACAUGCUCAUCGUCUGCGACUGCCUCGCGCUCUUCCUGCUGCUCAGGAUAGUGAAGGCGGAGGUGUUGCGCGUGCGACUGGAGCGGCGACUCGCGGCGUCGCGGCAGACAAGGAUAGAGUGAGCGAUUCGUCCACGUGGCUUGUAAGGGUUUUCACACAAAAAACAUACAUAGGGUAGGGUAGGGAAACAGUAGCUCAGUCGCCCCAAUAUCGUCUCUAUCAUGUUGGAAUUAGGUUGAGUGAGCCACUGUACCCGGCUAUUUUUUUCCGAGCCACUGUUUCCUACCCUACCCUACAUAUAAUCACGCCUAUUUCCCGGAGGGGUAGGCAGACCACGGAUUUCCACUUGCUACAAUCCUGACAUACCUCUUUCGCUUCCUUAACUUUCAUAACAAACGUGUAAGGUAUAGUCUGUCAAGCCAUCUCCGUCAGAAGAAAAGAGCGGCAAAUUUAAAGCAAAAUUACCCGCGAACGGUUACCGUCCCAUAGAAAAUUUGAAUCUCGCGCUUUUCCUACUGACAGACUUGUUUGACCGGCUAUAUAUGAGGGGAAGACGUUAUACCUAUACACCGUGUUUUAAACUCCGUUAAUUUCAAAAGUGCGCUCCUGAGCUUAAAUUAAGUUAAUUUCUCAGACACCUUUAUUCUAAUUUACUCCAUUUUGAAGAUAAUCAAUGAUUUAUUUUUAUCUUAUAAGCCCUCUACGAGCGUGUACACUUGCCUUAGGGCCUGUUUGCAAAUUGAUUAGUGUUUGUACGAGUUCAUACAUUUGCUGCUGAACGCUACAGUCAGCAACAGAAAUUGCUAAGCGGGCGAGGU